AGCAAAUCGUACGACAAUGAGUUCAUCGCGUGUGGCAUGAGGUAAACUCAACUAGUUUGUGAUGAACCACCGGACUGAACGUUUCGUGAGUGAUGUGUGCUUGUGACAGCCCUGAGAGCUGAAAUUCUAGUGUUUUCUUUUUUUUUUCCUUCAAAUUUCUCUGAUUCUGCUCCACAGACAUAAAAAUCUUUGGAAAACCAGGAAAUAAUUGAAUUAUUUUUAAUUGGAUUAGUCCAAUGAUGUUUCUAAUAACUCAAUUUCUGCUAUUCAAUUCAUGACUUGAGCAACUUAUGUGAAACCGAUUAGACCUCGACUGGAUCUUAAUUAAAUUCUAUCGAAAUCCCAAUUAAAAUUUAAUUAAAUGCUGAUUGAAAGACGAUAACUUUUCAAGCCACAAUUAAAUUUAUUUGAACAAUUAUUUAUUCCAUUAGAAAGUAAAAACUAGAAAACUUUGAUAUUGCAGACAAAAAUGAUUUUUCAUUCCGGGUGAAUUUUUAAUGGAUUUUUAUAUCUGUGAGCAUAAAGUGGUGUAACGUUUCCAAAGAAUUCUGUACCGGUCAUAAACUGGUCUCAGUGGAUGUCAGUUACUGCCUCAUCGACGAUAAAUCGAAAACUACUCGAAUCCACUGGAUUUGUUCCUCGAUCCAGCCUUUUCGAGGAGCGACAACCUCGACUUGUCACUGAGUGUACCUCAGCAUCACCAGAACACGUACCACCACGACGGGGGCUACAACAUGGGUGAUCAAACGUUUCACACACCGAGUUUUGGAGAUGAGGACUUCGACAUUCCUGCCAUUCACCCACAUCAGCAGCAUCAACAGCAUCACCAGCAGCAGCACGACCCCAUGCACGGAUACCAGUCACAGAUGAUGCAACCUGGUGGGAUGCAGCCAUCGCCAGACGGUCUGAGUCUGGAUCCUGGUGGGUACCAGCAGCCUCUUUACCUGCAGCAGGAGCACACGAUGCAGCCAAUCAACGUCAGUUCAACAUACGCAAGCCCACAGGCGUCGUUCACAUCAAUGAGCUCCCCUGGCCAACAACACGGAGGCCAACAGCUGCUUUUAUUACAACAACAGCAUAAUCAAGCGCAACAACAGCACGCCCAGCAUCAGCAACAGGUACAAAUGCACAUGCAAUAUGUUCACACUCAGCAUCAACAGAUGCAAAAUCAGCAUCAACAGCAGCAGAUGCAGUACAGAAGUCCAACGGGUGGUAGUCCACCGGCUAUACAGCAGAAUCCCCAACCUGAGAACAAUAAUACCACAACGAGUGAGGACAGCGAUGACAGUACACCACACUCAGCAAUGAUCACUGGACUGAAGCGACCCUCACCCGAGCCUGUAGACACUGUUAAUAAGGCCCAGAAGAAGCCAAAGGCCCAGAAGAAAAAGAAGAAGAGGGAUCCAAACGAACCCCAGAAGCCUGUGUCUGCAUACGCCCUUUUCUUCCGUGAUACCCAGGCAGCCAUAAAAGGACAAAAUCCAAACGCAAGUUUUGGCGAAGUAUCGAAAAUUGUGGCAUCAAUGUGGGACGCACUCGAGACAGAGCACAAGAAUGUUUACAAGAAGAAGACUGAAGCGGCGAAGAAGGAGUAUCUGAAGGCCCUGGCAGCUUACAGGGCAUCAGUGGUGAGCAAGAGUGCUGGGGAUGAGCCUCAGCCACAGCCACAGCAGCAGCAACAGCAACAGCAACAGCAACAGCAGCAACAACCCCAGCAGCAGCAGCAGCAGCAACAGCAACAGCAACAGCCCCAGGUGCAGUACAGUUAUGGCUAUGGAGGUAAUCAGCAGGGAAAUGUCGCCUAUCAGGUUUACAGCCCUCAGCCCCAGCCACCCUCACCCCAACAGCAGGCACAUCAGCACCAGCAGAUGACCAUCAAAAAAUCACCCCAUCAUCUCACUGGAAUGCAGCCCAAUCAUCAACAGCAGCAGGGCAUGAUGGGCAAUCCUAUGGCACCACCCCACAUGACGCAGCAACACAUGCAGCAGCAAGUAUCACAGCAGCAGUAUAUGCAGCAGAUCCCACAACAAGUACAAGUGCAACAAGUGCAGAUUCAACAGCAACAAAUAAUGCACAUGAGUCCACCCCGUGCUGAUUCUUUAUCGAGUCCACCACCAGUGACUGGUCAACAAUCAGGUCUUGGCCAGAGUCCACCAUCGAAUUCCUGCAUUCGUCAGGGCUGUCCAAAUCCAGCAAUUGCAAACAGCGAAUGGGAGGAUGAGUAUUGCAGUAAUGAGUGUGUGGUUAGCCACUGCAGGUUUGUGGAUGUCUUCACCACGUGGGUCUCAUCAAAUCCAAAUUCCCAACAGAAUUUUUCAACAGUGAAGUAAACACGACAAUUGUUCAAGUGUUAAUCUCAGAUAUAGGAUGAACCACAGAAUGUUUUUUUUUUUUUUGAAAUCGUGAUCCGAGGGCCUUCACCCAAGAUUUUAUUGAGGGCCUGUCGGUCGUUGAGGCGUUAAGGUUUAGAGAUAAGAAGAAGUAAUAAUGGAAAAUUUACACAAUUAUGUACAUAAAACACUAGACGAGAGUUGAGUGAGAGUUCUGAUUCGCUGGAGAUGGGACAAUCACGAAUUAUAUGAGAAAAAAAAUGAAAAAAUGAAAAAAAAACUACAAAAUAUGCCUGGAUGACACGAUGAGACUGUCUAGGGGAGUUACUGCGAAUCCCAACGAGGCAACUUUGACUGUGAAUUUAACGAAACGAUUUAAUACUGAUUUUCAUCACUUUGAUGAGCUAUUUGGGGAGCCUUAUACUGGAUUAUACCAGAACUCUGCUGAUAAAAUCUUUGUUUUGUUGAUCAACUUUAAUAAUUUAUUACUGAGUAAAGUUUUAUUACCGAUUGAAGCACUAGAUUCUUUUCUCAUUAUUUUGUAUCGUUUUUUAAUCAUAUAUUUAUGAAUAUAAUUCAUCACAAGCUGAAUCAAUGUGGAAAAUAGUACAAUUGAAAAUUAUGGGGGUAUUUUUCAUUAUUUUUUUUUCUUUUUUCGUUUUAUAUUAAACAAAAUCUGUGUUAUUAGUUGGCAGUGCCAUUCGCCAGUUGUUGCAUACAUCAUUUCCAACAUUCAUUUAGCUAGAUAAUUAAUGAGAGAGAAAAGAACACGAAAAAGAGAAAUAAAAAAAUUACACAUACGUAUAAUUAUAUAUAGUACCUAGCCCCCGAGUUUAUAAAUAAAUAUCCAUUUGAGGAAAAUUUACCUGAAACGAGCUACGAGUUGAGGAUAAACAGAAUCAUUUUCUCCCACUCCUAUCCCAUUCCUCCCUUUCCCGCCACCCCCUCAGUACGUAAUAAAUAUCGAUUAAGAAUGAAAAACCACUGAGAGAGACAGUCAAGUUGCAAUUGUAUUUAGCUACGAAAAAUAACUCGGCGAUUCGAGAAUUAAUUGAACAGAUGACUUUGAUGGUCAGUGGAUAAAUUAUUUAAUGCGCCACGAGUAUGAGAAUAAUUAUUUUUUUAUUAUCUACAUGCGAUAUAAUUUGUAUUUAGACAAUUUUCCCUUCUGUUGUUCCCUUUUUUUUUUUUCUUUAAUUUCUCUUCUAUGGUAGAUUUUAAUGAACUGAGGAUUUUGGGGUUUGAAUUAUCGCCGCGGAAUGCUCGAGUUUCUCGAUGAGAAAUUAAUGGUUGAACCAGGAAUUAUUGCGGCAUUUGUCUCGGUGAGAAGUAUUUUUUAAUCGAGUUGUUUAUUUUUUUAAACCGAGAUGACAAACCGAUGAAUUACAGGCGUUUUGGGACUGAAUAUAUUGGCUCCACUGUGAAGAGAUGAUUAAUUCAUUAAUUAAACGCCCAUCACUUGGGGACAUUCUGUGCAUAUAAUUAUUAAGAUAUAUAUAUUUUUUUUUAUGUUAAAAUGCAUCAAUUUUUUCACCAAUUUUUCCAGUUAGCGAUGUGAGCGCACGUUCUUUGGAAUUAACGUUCAUUUGAUUAUCUGAUUUUUAUAUUAUGUAAAUACAAAUAUAAAUAUAUUCUAUAGAUUGAUAGGUCUAUAAUAUAUACAUAAUCAGUACUGUAAUAUAUUGAUAACGAUUUGUGGUAUAUUACGAGAAAAUACAAAUUAUAUAUUAUACAUAUUAAUUAGAAUAAAUAUAUGAUUAUUAUUGGUUA